AUGCGUCCGUGGGAUCAUAUGUGGACAAUGCCAGACUUGACAGACUACGUUAGCAUAGGCUUCAAUUCGAUCCUUCGGGCUGAUCCAGUCAAGGCCAGGGAAUACCGCUGA